AUGGAAGAGAUCCGAACAAUCGAGAUUCUGCCCAAGGGCACGAUUCUCAUAUCGGGAGGCGGGCCUGUAGGCCUCGUUCUGGCUUUGGUGUUGGCUCACCAUGGCCAGGGUAGUGUUCUGAUCGAGCAGAACAUUGAAGCCACAAGGUACCCCAAGAUGCAUUUGGUCAUUGCUAGAACCAUGGAGAUUUUCCGUCAACUAGGCAUUGCAGAUGAGCUACGAUCCAAAGGUGUGGCAGAAGAUGAGCCUUUCACAGUCCGUUUCUCAAGCGGCUUUGGUUCAGCUGGGUCUUUGUCCGCCUGGGAUCUGCCCAGCGUUGAGGCGUUCAGGCAAAACAUCUCGUUGAAUAACGACGGCACGAUGCCUUGUGAGCCUUGGGCACGUAUUCCAAGCAAUAUCAUGGAGCCAUGGCUUCGAGAGAAAUGCGAUGCGAACCCACUGAUCGAUACUCGCUAUGGGUGGGCCGUGGAAGGCCUAGUGGAGUACGAGGAUACAGUCGAGGUUCAUGUCCAUGACCGAGCAUCGAAUAUUCGCAAGACGAUUCGCUCCCCAUAUGUUGUCGGAUGCGAUGGCGCAUGGAGUGCGGUGCGGAAAGCUUUGGGCGCGGAGCUAGAAGGCGGGCCUAUGCAUCGAGCCGUGGCCUUGACCCAUUUCAAGUCAAAGGAUCUCGAGCGACUCCAUCGCCAGGGCCGGUUUUGGCAUACCUUUUUUCCCACGGACCCUACAACCAAUAACGGCUCUGUCGGCGGCGCCAUCAUCGCGCAAGACGGAAAGGAGACCUGGACAGUCCACGAUUAUUUAGGCUCCGAAUACAAUGCAGACGAUGUGACCGCCGAGAAGACAGUCGCCCGGGUCCUUGGCGGUAUGGGCCCACCCUACCCGAUUUCUAUUGAUGAAGUCACUGCAACCUCCAUCUUCACGCCGACAGUAGCUCUCGCCAAAACGUGGAGCGGCAAUCAUCAGCGCGUCUUCCUUGCCGGAGAUGCUUGUCAUCAGACAAUUCCUUCGGGCGGCUACGGAAUGAAUAUGGGCCUUGCUGACGCUUGGGAUCUUGGCUGGAAGCUCGCAGCCACUGUUCAAGGCUGGGGUGGCUCUCAUUUGAUGAAGACAUACGAACAGGAACGUCGUCCUGUGGCAGCGCUGAUGCAACACUGGAGCAAAAUCCACAUGAUGAAACUCAUGGGGCUUUCAACAGCUGUGAAAUUGGAUGCGGUCGUCAUCGAAUCCAUGGAUGAGCGCGGCAUAGCCCUGCGUAAGGAAAUCGAUCAGUACAUCCAGCAAAACGAUGACCAUAACCAGAGCUUCGGCGUUGAAAUGGGAUACCGCUACGAGUCGAGUCUGGCAGUACUGAACGAGCAGGUGGAUGUUGAAAAGGCAGCACCACAGUUUGACUCACGCAACUACAUCCCAACUACCUUUCCUGGUUCGCGGGUACCGCACGUGGCUUUGUCGGACGGCAGCGCCAUUUCCGAUGGAUUCGGGAAAGGCUUCACCAUGGUCGCGUUUCUGCAGAAAGAAGCAGUAGCAGCCGAAGACCAAUUUCAGAUGCCCAUCUCACUGGCCAGUUUUGAAGAAGCAGCACGCCAGCACAGUAUUCCUUUAAAGACACUUUGUUUGAUGAAUGAGACUCAUGCGUCCCGAAUUUGGGAUGCUUGUCUUGUCCUCGUGCGGCCUGAUGGAUUUUCAGCGUGGCGCUCAGAUAGUCUGGACAAGGUGCACAAUGCAUCACAAGUGUUGCUUCAAGCAACAGGUCAUACCUCGCCUUUGUAA